AUGUCGGAAUUCGCCACAACCCCCUCAGAGGUGAAACAGGAGCUUCAGGAGCUAAAGUCGUCCAAGGCGGCUGGACCGGAUGCAGUCCAUCCAGCCAUCCUAAAGCCCCUGGCUGAUGUGCUGGCCAAACACAUAGCCAAACUGUUCAACCAGUCACUGUGCGCAGGGGAAUUACCCACAGACUGGAAGGUAGCCGAGGUUGUUCCUAAACACAAAGGGGGAGUAGGUAAAACGUCAACAACUACCGGCCAGUGA